AUGCGUUUGUGGCUCCCCUUAGCGUUGGCCACUUUGGCAACAGGUUAUGUUGACCAGAAAGGCAAAACGUGCACGCUAUACCCAGAAUCACUCAAUAAUGAUGGCCAGCCAGUCGACGAUGCACCUUCAAUUCAAAAAGCCUUUGAGCUUUGCGGGACCGAUGGUAAGGUCAUUUUCGCCGCGGACCAUGUAUUCAAUGUCAAUUCGGUGAUGAACACGACCAAUUUAGUGAACUGCGAUGUAUCCCUACGGGGUGAAAUCCGCUUCUCAACAGACAUUCCAUAUUGGCUUUCACACUCCUACUCUGUGGUCUUCCAAAACCAAUCAACAGCGUGGCUGUUCGGCGGUACAAACGUCACUUUUCGAGGCGAAGAGGGUGGCUGGUAUAAUGGCCAGGGUCAGGCCUGGUACACUCAAAACCGUAACCAAAGCAACCAACCUGGUCGGCCUAUUAGCAUCACCUUCUACAAUUCGACAAACCUGCUAGUGGAUGGAUUGACAAUUAUCCAACCGCAGUUCUGGGCAACGUUCGUCUGGCAAAGCAAAAAUGUUUCUAUUACGAACUUUUUCGUCAAUGCUACCAGCGAUGAUGAAUGGAGUACCGUGAAUACCGACGGCUAUGAUUCUUGGAAUAGCGACACAUUGCUUGUUGAGAAUGCGGUUGUCACUAAUAGCGAUGACUGCAUUGCUGUUAAGGGGAACACCACGAAUCUUGUUGUUAGGAACGUUACCUGCCACUGGGGCUUUGGUAUGGCCAUUGGGUCAGUUGGGCAGUAUGCUACAAUGCCCGAUUAUGUUGAGAACGUCACAUUCGAAGAUGUCAAAUGCUAUAAUUGCAUGGAAGCAGCUUUCAUCAAAACGUGGCAGGGCGUUCCGGAAGACGACAGCUCCAACGGCGAUGGUGGAGGAGGUGGCAGUGGGCUGAUCAAGAACGUGGUGUUUCGCAACUUUGAAUUGACCAAUGUUGCUUUGCCUAUUCAGAUCUCCCAGUGCAUUUACACUGAGAAUGGGCAGAACUGCAACACGUCGAAGAUGGCCAUCGAGGAUAUCACAUGGUCCAAUAUCAAAGGCACUUCGCGGUACAAUAUCGCCGCCUCGCUUUAUUGCUCAGACGUGCACCCUUGUCCGGGUAUCAAGUUUGAAAAUGUCGAGAUUCAAUCGGUUAAUCACACCCUGGGGCUGCCCAUGUCUGACACAACAUUACAAGAUGAGGUAUAUCAGUGUACAAAUUUGGUUAAUAGUUCUGGGGUCCCGUGCAAUCGUGCCGCACCCAGUAAUUAUGGACAGGUGGUUACUUCGAACGUGAAAGAUGACGGAAGUAGUGCGGCGGCUUCGAGUGACUCGAUAGUAGCAGCCAAGAAGGAGGAGCAGGAGAAACUUAGCUACCAGCACUAA